AUGGAGGCAUUCAACGGAAAAAGAAAACCAACAGUUAUCCUAAUUCAGAGCUAUGCAGAGCAAAUAAAGGAAAAGGGUCUCUUGCUGCAGUGGAAUGGCUUGAAGAAAGCAGCAGACCAACCAGACGUGGGGGAAAUCGCCAAAUUCCACAAGGCCGAGCUUAAGAAAACCGAACCCCAGGAGAAAAACACCCUGCUGACCAAACAGACCACUCAGCAGGAAAAGUGGAGUGCGAUUUCCUAA